AUGUGCGAUUCACAUUUCUCUUGUGACAACGAAGUUCUAGGAAUGAUCAGAAAUUUCGAGAAAUACCCACGGAAAAUCAUCGAUCCGCUAGGAAUGCCCUACGAUUACGAUUCAGUCAUGCAUUAUCAUAAACUUGCUUUCUCGCGGAAUGGUAAACCCACUAUUGUACCGAAGGAUCGCAAAGCUGAAGUUGGACAACGCUAUAAACUCAGUACGAUUGAUGCAAAAAAGGUGAACAAACUCUACCAAUGCGGAGAAUUCUUGAAAUCCACAACAACAACUACCACCACUACUACCACUACUACCACUACAGAAGAACCAACUACAACAACCACCACUAGUACAGAAGUUCCCUCAACCAAGGGAACUACUAAAUCGAGUCGGGAAAGGGUAACCAAGACAAAGAGUACGGUCACUAGUAAAAGAACAACAACAACGAAAGCGCCGAAAACCACAAGGGAACCGCCUAGGAUUGCGAAAAGAUGCGAAGAUAUGAAUGCCCACUGCGGAAUGUGGGAGCAGCUUGGACAUUGUCAACACUCAACAAAAUAUAUGGCCCAUUACUGUAGGAGAUCUUGUGGAAUGUGCGACGAGGAUACUUCCACAACUACAGCGAAGCCAAACAUAAACGAGAAAACAAAAGAAAAAGAAAAAGGAAGGCCAACUGGAGGGAAAAAGAACAAGGAGAAGGAAAAGGAAAAAUUCCCCGAUAAAGAGGAGUGUAAAGACAAGAAUCUGUUUUGUGGCUAUUGGGCAAAGAUAGGAGAAUGCAAAAGUGAGAGUAAGUUUAUGAAAAUUUUCUGUAAAGCAUCUUGUGGACGGUGCUAAUA